CUCGUGCUCCCUGCAUCCUGCUCUUCCCUCAGCAUUCACUGAGCCUCUGCGAGUUUAAAGCCUGGAGAACGUGGAUGGCACUUACACAGGUAGCAAUAUCUGGAGCUGUACCCCCUACAAUUUCAACCAAAGAACAUAAUGGGCUCGAGUUCCUCAUCGUAUGCGCCUAAAACAGUCUACCUGGACGUAGAUGGGAAAGUUCAGAGGGUGAUUUUCAGUCGUCACUGCAGUCCGUGUGACAUCAGAGAGCUUCUCUGUACCUCCUCCAACAUUUCUAGAAACACAGCUAUACUUCUGGUGGACACAGAAGGAGCUCUGAUAUCCAUUGACCCCACAAUGCCUACAAACUCGCCGGGCAACUUAUAUAAGGUUGUUCCCCAUACAGGUCAAGGAGAAGAGAAAGAAGAUGUGCUCCAGAACGUUCUCUCCCAAGUGGCAGAGCAGUUCAGCAGGGCGUUCAGGAUAAAUGAGUUAAAGACGGAGGUGACCAACAGACUGGCCAUGCUAGAAAAGAGAGUCGAACUGGAAGGGCUGAAAGUAGUGGAGAUUGAGAAGUGCAAAAAUGAUCUGAAGAAACUGAGGAAUGAGGUGACCUCAAGAAGCGGAACUAGAGUGAACUGCAACUGCAAAUACAACUUCUCUGAUGAUGGAAAGAAGCUCUCCCCCCGACGCGACGUCCCGAGCUAUCCAAAAUACACGCUUUCCCAAGAGACUAUAGAGGCCCUGAAAAAGCCCACCUUUGAUGUCUGGCACUGGGAACACAAUGAGAUGCUAAGCUGUUUGGAGUACAUGUACCACGAUCUUGGCCUGGUGAAGGAGUUUAACAUGAAUCCCAUCACAGUGAAAAGAUGGCUGCUGGCAAUCCAGGAAAACUACCGCGACAACCCAUUCCACAACUUCCGGCAUUGCUUCUGUGUGAGCCAGAUGAUGUAUGGAAUGAUACAUUUAUGCAACCUCCAGGACAAGCUCAGCAGGACAGACAUGUGCAUUCUGAUGACAGCAGCAGUGUGCCACGAUCUGGACCAUCCAGGAUACAACAACACGUAUCAGAUAAACGCUCGGACGGAGUUGGCGGUGCGCUACAAUGACAUCUCACCACUGGAGAACCACCACUCUGCUGUGGCCUUCCAGAUCCUCUCCAUGCCCGAGUGCAACAUUUUCGCCAACAUCGAACCCGAAUCAUUCAAACAGAUCCGCCAGGCGAUCAUCACUCUCAUCCUGGCCACCGACAUGGCCAAACAUGGAGAGAUACUAGACUCCUUCAGACAAACAGUGGACAACUUCGACUUUACCAAAGAGGAGCAUGUCAAAUGUCUGAAGAUGGUCUUGAUCAAGUGCUGCGACAUCUCCAACGAGGUGAGGCCCACGGAGGUGGCGGAGCCGUGGGUGGACUGCCUGCUGGAGGAGUACUUCAUGCAGAGUGAUAGAGAGAAGUCAGAAGGUCUUCCUGUCGCUCCGUUCAUGGACCGGGACAAAGUGACCAAGCCAACGGCACAAAUCGGCUUCAUCAAGUUCGUUCUCAUCCCCAUGUUUGAGACAGUUAUGAAGCUCUUCCCUCAGAUUGAAGAGAUCAUGGUGCAGCCAUUACGAGACUCUCGUGACCACUACGAAGAACUGAAACACAUCGACGAUGCCAUGUCAGAGGCCCAGAAGAAGAAAAUGGAGAGCAUGUCUUUAGGAGGAAAUAAAAAAUAGACCUUCUUCUUUCAUGACACCAAAAAAAG